GGCUUCAAGCUGCGGUUGCAACCGCCUCUCACCGUUGGAGAACAGCGGAGCGAAGUGGCGCCUCCUCGCUUCGUCCUCUCCCGCAAUUGCUCUCCCGCCUCCCCUCCGUCCCUUUCGCUGCCAUCAUGAUGGGAAGAUUGUCGCCUUGUCUCGCUUUGGUGCUCCUCGCCUCCUCAGGUGGACACACACACAACAACACGCCACAGCUAGGCGCUGCACACCCACAUAUGUGCAUAUGCUUGCUGCCUGUCUGGCUGGAUGUCAUGUGUCGUGCCAGCCUUGCUGCCCGAGGCCUCGGCCGCCACUUCUGCGGCCGCCGCUGGCACUGGUAAAGGCCAGCCGCCGCCCAGCGAGUCGAAGCAGCCUGACGUGUCCUCCUUGUGCGACUGCUCGACCUUCACCAGCCGCCACCUCCACGACACCUCCGCCCCCAAGAGAUCACCCAAGUGGUUCGUCGCUUCUGAGUCGCCCGUGUGUGCGACGAGCCACAUGGAUGAGGUCAUCGACGGCAUCACCUUCGCCUCGCCCUGCCUCGCGCUGUGCCAGCAGCAGCAUAUCCGCCACCGGGGCAGCUGUGAGGACAUCGACAAUGGGGCCUUCAAGCUGUCGGAGGACUUCUCCUUCGCCAGCCUCGCUGACAUCCGCAAGUCCAAGGCCAAAGACCGGCAGCUGACGCCGGCGGUCGUCCAUCGCUUCCGCUCUGACGGCUACGUGUUCGUCGGGCGCAUCACCGGGGGGACGGAGCCGCAAGACCUGGCUGACGAGGGUGAUGACGAGAAGAACGAGGAGCCGGAGCCUCGCAAGUAUCGGAGCGUGAGGAUUGUGCCGGGGGGUGACACCUACGCUCGUUUGCUGGCCAGCACCGACGAGGAGGUGCGCCAGAGGCUCAUGGACAAGGGACUGCACGACGAAGACCAAGGUGGGUCAGCAGGCAGGCAGGCCGCCCGCAUCCAUAUACCUUGAUUGCUUGAGGUAUUCUCUCUGGUGACUCCCUGCCUUGUUUGCUUCCCAGGCAUCCGUGAGGGCAAUGCGUCGCUGCCGACCAACUGGGCGGUGAGGCCCAAGAGCGCCCCCGACAGUGACUUCUCUCAAGGUGCCAGCAACAUGACGACCGACGCUCGAGAGCCGAAGUGUGUGGUGGGCCCCGAAAGCCGCACCAUCGGAUCGGUGCAGACGGACUAUCCCUGGAGCACCUGGGGCUACUUGGCCAUUUCUACGCCGAACGGUCGCAGGCGCUGCACCGGCCUAGUUGCGGGCAGCUUUAUUACAGGCAUGACCGCCGCCAGCUGCUUCACCAACCGCAGGCGGGGUGGCGGCAACGUGGAGGUGGACUGGGUAAGUAAUUCAGUCAGUCAGUAAGACAGAGAAGACGGACCACCGACCAUCCAUCCGAAUGGAGCGCUGCUUGUCUGGUCUUUGCUUGUCUGCUGGUAUGGACGUGCUGAUUGAUGCAGAGAGCGAGGUUCUGCCCCGGGCAGAGCGGCCGCUUCAGGCGUCCGUACGGCUGCGUUGUCGUCGUCUUCAUUACGAUUAACGCCAGAUGGCUCAGCAAUCGCAGGCGGCGGAGCAGCAACGAUUGGGCUGUCAUGACCUUCCAGAAUUCCAUCGGCUUCAGGACCGGCUAUGUGCCGAUUGGAAGCGCCUGCACGCGGGGCAGAAGGAGCGAGAUCAACGUGUGGAUGCUCUCCUACCCGCAGCUCCCCUUCGGCCGAGACCGCCUCCGAGUCUAUUACGAGAAUCGAGGUAGGUGGGCAGGCAGGCACACUUGAUCAUUAAUGCGUGCCUUUCUCAAUUAACUGUGUGCUCGUACCAACAGAUGACUUCGACUUCCGAUGCCGGCGGAGCGCGAGACACAAUUUCGACACGAAUACCUUCGGAUCAUCCGGCUCCGGCAUGGUCGAGUACCGCAACGGCUACUGGUGGCUGCGGGCGGUGCACAACAAGGAGGUCGUCCGCCGCGGCCGAUGCCGAUUCAACGAGGCUGCCAAGAUGACCGGCAGAAAUUCGGACGAGGUGAAAUUCAUCAUCUCAGAGCAGCAGCCGGAGUGAUGCAUAUGAGUGAGUGAUGGACGCAUAUGGGCGGGCGGGCGGGGGGACGGGCAGCCGGUGGGCAGCCAGUGUGCGUGUGAGAGGGGCGAUGUCCAGAUGUCCAGACAGGCCAAGUUUUUCCUUGCUUUUGUCUCGUAUAUAUACUGAGCCCCCAUGCAUUGACUGACAUCUGUACUUGCCUUCUCUGUCAGCGAGAGACGAGACCCUUUGUGUGUGGCUGGCUGCUGUGCUGUCCUGUGCUGUCGUGUCUGUGCUGCGGCUGACGGACUGACUGACUGACUGAUUGCAGCACACGUGUUUGUCUGUGUGGGGAGCGAAAGGGGGACGAACGAUUGUCAUCGCACGUAUAUACUUUGGUGAGCGGGGGGCUCUGUCUGCCAGAGAGACACCUCCCUAUGUCUGGCUGGCUGUCAAUUUUGGUGGUUACGGCCUUAAUGCCUUGAUGAGAUUGGCGGAAGAUGGUCUGCUCACCUCUGCUCUGAUCCGAUGUUGCCUACACGGAUGGAGGCGCUGCAUGUUCCCGCUCAUGCAUGCAUGCCUGUGAUGGGAUGUAAUGCAGUGAGAAAUUUUCCCUUCACGGCAUAUGUCAUUCAUGCGCGGUGGUUUGGCUUCACGGGUAGGUAGACAGAUAGGUCGAUAGAUCCAUCGCAUAUAAUGUCUGUCUGUCUGUCUAGCCCAUUUGUUGUCGCAGAUGCGUUUGUAUGUAUCGGAGACUUGACAUUUCUUCGUAGGUUUGUGCAGCCAGGUAGGUGGUUAGAUUGCGACCCAUUCAUUUGUUCGCGCACACGCUCGUCCAUCGGGGGCCCCACUCGUCGCCUAUGUCUUCCUUUGUAGAUAGUGUGUUUCUUCGUCAUGCAUGCACAUAAGCCGCCUGACAGUGUAUGUCAAUUGCUUACUUGCGUCGUCUCUGUAGAUACCGGAGACCUGACAUCUUAUGUGUGCACGCAUUCUCUCGUAUAGAGACACAGCAGUGUGUGUGCUCUGUCCAUAUUUGUGUGCGUGAGGAUCGGAUCAAACAAGGCAAACGAACGAACGCACUGACUGGGACGUCUAAGCAUCGGAAAUUGUCAUUGAAGCCACCCACACCCUUCCCACGGUGAAUUGAAGCCAUCAGACCGCUCAAGUGUCACCUGAGCGUGCAUCCAUCCAUCCACCCACCAUGAACCGUCCAUAUAAGCAAGGUAGAGCGCCGACUGUGUGGCCAAGCCAACGGGCUGUGCAUCAGAGAAAGCAGUGCAAUGCAGGCAGGCAGCAGGCAGGUAAGCCACGUACACACCGCCGGGCGGG